AUGUUUCGGGAACCUCUGGACCGGGGCGGAAGUGGGGUCCCUGCCUCCUGGGUCCUAAUUCCGGACUGGACUGAGCAGCCUCAGCACGAGCCGAGCUGGGGCACCAGGGCCCAGGUACAAGAGCAAUCCAAAGAACCCAGUAAGAACCCUUUCCUCAAGAAAAAACGGGCUCUGCUGUCUGAGCCAUACCUCCUUCGAACUGUGCAGCAGAUCCCAGGAGUUGGAAAAGUUAAAGCUUCCCUUCUGCUUCAGAAGUUCCCAAGUAUCCAUGAAUUGAGUAACGCUUCUGUUCAAGAACUUGAGCUGGUAGUAGGACAAGUGGUAGCACAGCAAAUCCACACCUUCUUCACCCAAUCCAGGUGACAGCUGCCCUCACAUCUAUUGUUUUUGCCUUUUUGACCAUGAACUACAGGAUCUGGUUUUCAUAUUCAAAAAAACAAGAAAAAAGCCAGGUGCAGUGGCACACACCUCUAAUCCCAGUGGCUGGGGAGGCUGAAAUAGGAAGAUCGCAAGUUCAAAGCCAGCCUCAGCAGUGUACCAAGAUGAUAU